AUGGCCAUUGACAAGUCCUCCACCUGCUGCGGCAAGUCCGCCUCUUGCGUCUGCGCCCAGCAAGCCAAGUGCUCCUGCGGCAAGCAGUCGGCCCUGCACUGCACGUGCGACAAGUCGGCCUCGGAGAACGCCAUCUCGGGCGCCCGCUGCUCGUGCCGCGCCCGCCCCGCCGGCGGCUGCAACUGCGACCGCGCCAGCACCGAGAACGCCAACCCCGCCGGCGAGACGUGCAGCUGCGGCCGUCGCUCCGCCGACGCGUGCACCUGCGAGAAGGCCGCCGACGGCACGUGGGACCCUUCGGAGCACGAGAUUGACUUCACCACGAAGCGGUAG